CAGUACCUAGAGUUACUGAGGAAUCUGAGAUAGCUUUAAAGUGCGUGCAUAUUCGUGACCCCUGCCCGAAACAGCAGCAACAAAAACAACAAUGACAAUACCAACUGAAACAAUUAUCAUUUGUGUUACAAAGGAAUACUAACUGGACACAUACGUAUGGAAAGAUUUGCCAAAUAGUUCGCUCUGUGUCGUUUGAAUGUUGAUAUCAAAAGCAAAGCGUCAGCUGUUAAACAUCAAAAUGUUCAUCUGGGUGUAUGUUCUGUUGCUUGAAGAUUUCAUUAAAGAAUCCACAGAUGCGUUCGGUUGUGGUGAACUCAACUUUCUCACCAAACAACCUUUUAUUGAGGGUGAUGAGAUCUGGUUUGGGUUCUUUCCCUCUCCAGAGAUAAUUACAAAUUACAGCGAAAACUCUGCUAUGGAGUUGAUAAAAGGCACGAACAAGUCUACAAUUCCAAAAUCCUUAAUUCGUUUAAAACAGCAUCUGGACAAAAACGAAUAUAGAGCUGUUUUAAUGAAUGCUAAAAAGAAUGACAGUGAUGUGUAUCGUGUCCAAUGUAUGGAUGGUAUACGCAUUAACUAUUCAAAUCCUAUCCAGUUAGACGUUGAAGAUGCAACUGUAAUAGGUCCUUUAACUAGCAUUUCGUUCUGCAGUGAAUGCAUCGUUUUCAAAAAGGAAGAACCACUUCGAAAAUUGUUUUGUGAACAGAACGGAAGUCUUGGUAUCGAAGGUGUCAAAUUCACAAUUGAAUCUGAUGAAUUUCAUUCAUACAAAAUGUCACCUUUAAGAUACGGUUUAGAUUCUUAUGCCAUACCAAACGAUUCCUACCAUCUUAUGACAGUUCAAUGCACUUACAUGUUACGUAACAGAGCUUUGUCGGCGAAGGCGACCAUCUACCUCGUAGUUUCACCAGAAGAGCCGCCAAAGCUUCAGGCAACAUCUGUCAUGAGGGGCGAAACUAUUGAUAUAACUUGCACUUCCACUUUUGCGAGACCGCCACCAAGACUUGACAUUUUUGUGAAGGGAAACUUUUCAAUAACUGUUCGUACCAAUCUGUCAAUUGUUGACAUUUCAAAAGGGAUAUUUAAAACCAUUGCAAAACAUUCGUCAAAUAAUAGCCGCUGGGAAAACGAGGAAUUACUGUGUAGACAGUCGGCGGAUGAUGAGGGUUUAUUUAAUUCAAUCCUAUCGCACGCUGUACAUAUUGACUAUAUAUACCCACCAUCGGCUCUAUACUUAACAUACACGAUACCCAUGCGCAUGCGGGAAGAAUUGGUUGUUUCCUGUACAGCCAUUGCUGCACACCAUGUUUGUAAAUCAAAAUGGAAUUUUAAAACAGAGAACAUGACAUACUCUGUAGUUUCAAAGGACUUCACAAACAAUACGUUUAAUGAAGUUAUAUCUUUUAAUACUUCAGCGUUUGAUUUGAAAAGUGAAAUUUACUGCAGCGUCAAAUGCUCGGAGUUCGUUCUGACAAAUUCUACAAUUUUGAUAUUUCCUCAAAAACCGUCGGUUCGCAUUGAAGGAACAACACCUGCACCACCAUACAACAUUGUUUAUCUGAACUGUUUGUCUGAUGGUUACCCGGACAGCAACAUCACUUGGGAAAUGGUUGACCCAGAAAAUGGAACCAAAGUUGAAGUUUUAGAAGUUUGUGAUAUGCCAACAUGCACCUUGAAGAUUGUUUCAAGCUCCGUAGAUCUGAUGUACAACUGUAUUGCUCAGAAUAAGUUUGGCCGAGCUAGCAAUACAACCAGAAUUAUGGUGUCUCAAAGAAACGAUGAGAAGACGGACAUUGUGGCGAGUAAACCAACAUUUCCGAUUUGGAUAGUGGCGACUAUCCUGGCUGGUGUUGUUUUCGGAAUUGUUGCUAUUCGACUAUUAUACUGUUGUAUAAAAUGCCAACAUCACAACAGAACCGAACACGUUCAACAUGAAAACACCCGAAUUCAGCCGCCAUCCACAAAUACCAUCAUGGAGGAAGAAGGAAGUAUAUAUUACGAUAUCCAUGACGAAGUAGUUACGCUGCGACAACAACGCUUAAUCGAUGCUAGUGGUAAUGACUACCAAUAUAUCCGGCAAAAAAGUGACACCACUCAUCAAUACGAUACAAUACAGGAUGACAUUGAGAGUGCGACAACGCGUCGCCCGUUGCCGAAAAUCCCUAAAAGAAGCUCCUCUAAAAUGAGAGACAGCGAAAACUACUUACAUGCAGUUUACAAACCAUAUCCCUCAGGGAGCGAUGGAAACGAUUUACAUAAUCCAAAUUGGAACCUCGCUCCACCUGAUCACUUGUCGAACGUUGUUAGUCAGAGAUGGACAGCGUAACCUAUUGGAUUAUACAAUAAGGAUUUAUUGAACAUUGGCGACAUAUCUACAGUCUUUCACGCAUUUAUUCGUCUUUAAUGCAUACAUGCCUUAAAUGCCAUCAUCUAUAAUUAAUUACAUGUUUAAGGAAUGUAUUUGUACUAAGUGUAUAAUUCUUCUUCGUGUUUUUGUUUAUUUACUACAUGCAUGUAAAAACGUUUUCUUAUAUAUUCCUCUUCAUGUAUGGAGGAUAAAAAAGUAAUUAGUCUCAAAAGGUUAUACUCUUUAUUCGUAGCGAUUGUCUAUUGUUUGAAGUCGAUUCAGACUAUUAAAGUUUAUCUAAAUAAAAAAGGAAAGCACAAAAAAAUAUUUGAUACCUGAUUAGAAUUGUAUUUAAACAAAGCGUUCAGAUCACUUAAAACAAUAAUGAUAUGCUGACAUCGUAGCGGCGCGAGAGAAAAACAGUUUAUACAAAUACUCAUCUGUGAUAUUUUGUCGAUUUACAUAAAAGCUUAAAAUAUGUUA